AAAUCAACUUCAGCAUGAUAUUUUACCACCACUUUCAUUUCUGCUCCAUUUCUCUCAUUUUUUCUCUCUCUUUCUUUUUUUUUUUUUUUAAUUCCUAUUUGUUAUUAUUCGGAUUUUUAUAAUGUAAUCCUGAUGCAAGCUACCAUUGAUUACCUAGACAGAUUGUUGGGUUUGAUCAGUUCACAUCCCCAAAAGGACAAAGAGGAAAAAUAAAAAAGAAUGCUUGUUUUCUCUUAUAUGGGUAUCAUCAGAAACUACAAGAAACAUGACCAUCUAAAUUCUUAGCUUUUGCCACCUUUGAGUCUUUUGUCAGACGGAUUUAGUUAGAACAAGGCAUUACUAAAGCAUGAAGGAAACUUCAGGAGUCCCAAGUUGGAACUUCAAAGUUCUUGAGGUUGCAGAGAAGAGUUUCAGCCAAGCUUACCAUCUGUUCAGCUGUAUUUCUGAUAAAAAUCGAAAGAGAAACAUUCAAGAAGUGAACCUAAUUGCUCAAGCUACAGUCAAUGAAUUCAGAAUUCUACUCAAUCUCCUUGAUGGAUCAUCACAGUCGGAUCCUAAAAGGAUUAAGAGAGGUCCUUUGCCAAUUUCCCAUGACAUAAACCCAGCUGAAUUGAUGGAGAGUCCUAGUUCUGUACCCCAGAAUUCAGGACGCAACUUGACUACACAACCCCAACUACUCCCUUUUCAUAGUAUUCAAACAACCAACUCGUUGAUCCCCAUUAAGAGUUUCAGCUUUGACAGGAAUACAAACAUGUCUAAAACCAAUGUGGAUGUGACUGACCGUUUGAUCAUAUCAAACCUCUCUUUAUCACAGCCAAUCACUUCUUUUUUAAGCUUGGAUGCAAGAGGUGGCACUGACAAGCUAUUAGUUCAUGAUUCACCAUCUGAAGCUCUGGCAUCUCCAGAUGGUUCCUCUAUGUUUUCGAAAAGCAAGAGUGGGGUUCUUAGUGAAGAGACCAGUGCCAAGUGCCUGGCCUCAACCGGUGGAUGCCACUGUUCCAGGCGAAGAAUCAAGAAAACAAUUCAAGUGCCAGCUUUAAGUGGCAAAUUAGCCGAGAUACCACCAGAUGAUUACACUUGGAGAAAAUAUGGACAGAAACCCAUAAAAGGGUCCCCUUAUCCCAGGAACUAUUACAAGUGUAGCAGCAUGAGGGGAUGCCCUGCAAGAAAGCAUGUGGAAAGAUGUUUGCAGGAUCCUUCUAUGUUAGUUGUCACCUAUGAAGGCGACCAUAAUCACUCCCAAGUUUACAUUUCAAUAACCCAACAUCUUGAUUCAGGUUUAAUCUGUUAGUUAAGCCUGCUCUACAAAUGGUUGUCUCUUUUAUGUAAUAAUAACUUCAAUGCUGAUUUGUAUUUGCAAUUUGCUUCAUACACAUGCCGUAGAUUCUACUUUGGAUUUCGAUUUCA